GGCUACAAAACAUGUACAUAUGUAUCUGCAUCUGUAACUGCAACUUGACAGAUACGAUGCUAAAGGUUUUGGUAGGUUAGUCAAAAAUCAAUGUUUAUUAGAAAUCCAGUUUGUUGAUUGCCAACGAUCCAGAAGGAGUGUAUUCAAUAUUUCCUGUUUAAAUCCAAAUCUAAAUACAACUAUGGCUCAUCCACUUUUACUUCCAAAUAUUUUGGACAACAUUUUUUGCAACUUUUCACUAUUAGACUUGAAAUUAUUAAGACUUGUUAACCUGGACUGGAAUCAUGCAGCUUGUAUUGCAAUCUCAAAGCAAAACAUUAUAAAAUUUUAUUCAUCAAUUGAUUUGAAGUCCUACCAAGCCAUUUUUAACCAAUCCAUUGUUCACCCACAUACGUCGUUCAAUUUUCACUAUAAAAUUGCAGACAUGAGAGACUCACAAGAAGUUAAAAACUUUUUUGAAAAUUUUAACUUUCAUGAACACAUUCGCUCACUUUCUUUGACUAUUGGUGGAGAUUUUCUCAGUUUUAAAGAUUUGAUGCAUGUACUUCGUCUUGUCCCAAACUUGGAGUGGUUGGGGAUUCGAUUUCAUUACUUUAAAUGCCCAGAAUUAGAAGAGGAAAAUUGCGUAGCAGAAAUUACACCUUUAUUGUCGCUGCGUUGCAUAAACAUUGAAGUGCAAAGUUACGACGAUUGUUGGAACAGUACAACCAAUCUCAUAUGCUCCAUUGCUAAAGCUGCACCACACUUGGCAAAAAUUCACCAUCCCAUGUUUUGCGUCCCCCCAACAAAAUGUAGAAUCACGUCGCAAAUGAACAUUUAUCUCACCGAACUUGUUCUGGAGGAGAGCUUGACUAGUUCGUUGGCUUACCUGAAUUUUAUUAUAAAGUUGAAUAACGACAACAUUCGCACCCUCAUGCGCAAAAACUACCCACUCAAGAAUUUAUAUAUCAAUAUGUGGUACCCAGACGAUGAAGAGUUGUGUGUGACAGCCAAAUCCUUGACAGAUUUACUAUCGCAGCUGUCCCCCACGUUAGAAAAGCUUGGAUUGGAUUUCCCAUGGCGAAGAGAGGUGGCUUAUGAAUUCAAAUUUCAAUUUCCAAUAAAAACUCUGCAAUACUUAUCUCUCAGCGGAUUUCAAGGCUCAUUGGUAGGGUUGCUUAAUAAACUUCCGAAUCUGAGCAGUAUCGAACUUUCGCAAGUGGAUUUGUUUGAGAUCUUACCAGCUUCACAAAUUGUCCGAAACUACCCCACGGUCUGCAAACUCAGGCUAGAUUUCUGCAUCCAUCAAGUUGCUGGAGCAAUGAGUCGAUUGUCUAGAAUUUUUCCUAACUUGAGAUCCCUGUGCCUGAAUCAUGCUAGCGAUGAGAUUUGCAGAAUGAUUUUUAAAAAGAUGCUGAACCUAACAUACUUGAGAUUACGUGGAGAUGACUUAACGGAUGAAGGGAUUACUGGAAUACCUGCUGAAAUAGCGAAAGAAAAUAAUUUAAUCAAUUGCCCAAUGGAAAAAGGGGUCGCCUUACGAUGCUUUUCAUUUGUUGGUGAUCUCCCAAAAUUACGAGAGCUAAAAUUGGAAGCGUACAGAUUAACUGAAGCUUGCAUCAAGCACGGAAUUGUCCAUUGUAUGAAUCUUCAAUUUGUAAGUAUGGACACAACACUGGAUAAGAACGAUCCUUCAACAAUUGUCACAAGGACGUUUCGUCUGUCGGAGUAUGGGAAAAAAUUAUUGGCUGGCGAUAAGGAAGUGACCUUAAUUCUUCAGCAAGAAGUGGAAGUGGAUGAAGAUGAAGACGCGGAAAAAUUUUUUCGGAUGUGAAAUAUUCUCCACUCCGACAUGCAUACCAAUCGGGAUUAUGAUACAGGUUUGUAAACUUAUUUUCAUCAACAAUAAAUAACAGUAAGCUGCAUGGUCACUGAAUUUCAUAUUAAUCUGUAUUCAAUUAAAGAAACAUUUCUCUAUAUACUAUGAUGUAUCUAUGUGCAAACAUACUUGUGUGUGUGCGUUAAUAAAUUUAUUUUAAAUAAUUAUAAGGUACAGAGAUUCAAGAUUUCAAUAAAAGUGUAUCAGUCUUUUCGUUAAAGAUUACCUACAAAUUGUUAGCUUUGCGCACUGAAUGCAGUUGUUGCGACUCGUCCGAUUGACUAAAAAUCAAAAAAGGCCUUUCCCAUAUGCAGGGACUAUCCAAUUCCAUACAACUGCCAACAUAGCAAUGUGGCAUGUAAUCAGCAUUACGGAUGAAAACAAAAUCGCAGUAUUGAUAAAUGCGUAGUAUAUCCCCGGAGUCAUUGGUCUCUAUAUAAAAAAAUGUAUCGUCAUGUCACUAUUUUUACCUACUUAACAAGUUGUUAACAACAGUGUGCAAACUAAAACCAAUUACCUUGAGUAGCAUUGAAACUACUAACAGAAACUGAUUUGUACUUAAAAUUGUGAAUAUCCAAGUUAACAUCCGAUUUUCUUUUCUUAUCUGUGAAUUAAUACGUGUAAGUUUGCUCCGAACUGUAUCAAAUCACAAAAUUAUGAUGUAUUAAGGGCUUACCGCAAAGUACCCAAUAAUUAAGGAUAGGACUGCACAACUUAUCCCAAUUGGGGCUACAACCAAUGAGGAGACCCAAACCACGGUGUUGUCCUGAUUAAUUGUGGGGGCCAUUGACAUAAUGCAGGCACAAAUCGUCAGUUGGGUGUCAAACAUGAUCAAGCUUUGGAACCUGUACGCCAUGUAGGACCCCAGAAUAAUGUAAGGAAUGACAAAGACGGAAUAAACUGCCGACCCAACAUACUGGAGGCAAGAAGAGACAAGAAAAAUAUUUAAUGACUUUUUUGUGCAGAUCAACACCCUCAUGUCUUUAAAAAAAUGAAAAAUACUCACAAAGAAAAUGUCUUUUUUCAAAAAUGUGGUGGUAAACGUGAGCAAAGCCCACAUAAUUGGAAUGGUCAACAUCAAAAAUAUUAGGUCAAAAGGAUUAUGGUACUUGGUACCGCGUCGAAAAUAUAUUGUUGAAAAGCCUAAAAUUGGAAAUAAUUGUUAUUACACUCUA